CGCGCGUGGAUUUGAAUGGAAGGCCAAAGGCGGUGGUAACUUUGGUUCACACUCCCAAGGACAAAUCUGUCUUUCUAAACCACCGUAUAAGUACCGUAGUUGGCAGUUGGCACAUAAUGUAUUUCGUGGGUAAAAUAGCAUUUUCCUUUUAAAAUAGAUUAGCUGACGUUGUUGUGAUAUCCCUGAAACAUAAAACCCUACUCUAUCUCCAUCACUCCACUCCGUGGGAGCGGUUAUGGGAGCGUAGUGUUGUUUAGUGGCAUUAGAAGGCGGAGGACAAAGAAAAAGGCUUUUUGUUUUUGCGGUGUCAAGUUUCAGGUACAUGGAGUCGGAGGAAUCCCGGUCCCAGUUACCGGGAGACGAAGCAACAGCGGUUGAGGGAACCGCUGAGCAACUGGUGGCGAGGGCCAUAGCUCCCAUCAAGAAGGAAUUCCUUCGCCCACCACCUGUUCGCUCUUCCUCCGCAGACAACGAAGCCGCUGCCGCCGCCGCCGCCACCAAUGAUAAUAAGAACCCUGCUCAUCCUGGUUCGGGUCUUCUAAAGGACAAGAAGUCCAAGCGCCAGCUCAAGCGUGAACGCCGUCAGGAGCAAAAGUCGGCACGAAACCUCUGCCCGGAAGUUGCAAAGACCGGUGAUGUUACUUCAUGUCCUUAUAAAGACAAAUGCCGCUUCAGCCAUGAUAUUGAAGCCUUCAAGGCCCAGAAACCAGCUGAUCUAGAAGGACAAUGUCCUUUUGUUAAGUCUGGAGGGCCUUGCCCUUAUGGGUUAGCAUGUAGAUUUUCAAGUACCCAUGAAGAUGGUGUUCCUUCUUCUACUGGCCAUCUCAACGGUCUUAAGAACCCUUCUGAGGUUAAUGGAUUGAGCAAAGAUGUUCAGAAGCUUCUGUGGAAAAAUAAGAUGAGGUUCUCCAAGGCUGAUGCCAAACUCAAAAGUCUUGGCCUCUUGGGCCCCAAGUCAAAAAUGAAGAACUUGGAAAAUAAAGAUGGUGAAAAUGGCGGUUCAAAUAAGUGUAGCCUUUCUGAUGACAAUGGGUGUUGUGAAGUAGCCUCUGACUUGGGUCCUAAGUUGGAAGAAGCUAUAAAGGAUGAUGAUGCUGAUGCAAAAUAUGAAACCGAUGAACUUUGUCCACAGAAAAGAAGAAAAACUGGAGUAAAUUGUGAUCCUAGUGAGAUAGAAAAAGGUGUGAAUGUUACUGAAGAAAUUGAAAGAGGCAGCAUAAAUACUGAACCAGAAGCAGGAUGUGAUACUUUAACCAUAAAAACUGAUCUAAGUCUGAAGUUACAUCCACGUGAAAAGAAGCUUAUUGAUUUUAGGGACAAAUUGUAUCUUGCACCCUUGACCACAGUUGGAAACCUCCCUUUUAGGAGGGUUUGCAAAGUAUUAGGAGCUGAUGUAACAUGUGGUGAGAUGGCAAUGUGCACAAAUCUUUUGCAGGGUCAAGCUUCUGAAUGGGCAUUGCUGAGACGUCAUUCAUCUGAAGAUUUAUUUGGUGUACAAAUCUGUGGUGCAUAUCCAGAUACUGUGGCUCGCACUGUUGAACUAAUAGAACAAGAAUGUACCAUAGAUUUUAUUGAUAUAAAUAUGGGUUGCCCUAUUGACAUUGUUGUGAAUAAGGGUGCUGGAUCAGCUCUUCUGACAAAACCAAUGCGGAUGAAAAAUAUUGUUGAAGUAGCUUCAAGCACAGUGGACAAACCAAUAACUAUCAAGGUACGGACUGCUUAUUUUGAAGGAAAGAAUCGCAUUGAUUCUCUCAUUGCAGACAUGGGCUCUUGGGGAGCUGGCUCAGUAACAAUACAUGGAAGGUCACGUCAACAACGCUAUAGCAAGCUUGCUGAUUGGGAUUACAUAUACCAGUGUGGAAGGAAGGCCCCUAAGACAUUGCCAGUAGUGGGGAAUGGGGAUGUUUUUUCGUUUGUAGACUGGAAUAACCACAGAACUGCAUGUCCUGAACUUGCUACCUGCAUGGUUGCUCGUGGUGCUCUGAUUAAACCUUGGAUAUUUACUGAGAUCAGGGAACAGAGACAUUGGGACAUCAGUUCUGGUGAGCGACUAAAUAUUCUCAAAGAGUUUGUGCAUUUUGGCCUUGAACACUGGGGAUCUGACACAAAAGGAGUGGAGACAACGAGGAGGUUCUUGUUGGAAUGGCUUAGCUACACUUGUAGGUACGUACCUGUUGGUCUUCUGGAAGUGAUUCCACAACGAAUAAACUGGCGUCCACCUUCUUACUAUGGGCGAGACGAGCUUGAGACGCUGAUGGCCUCAGACUCGGCAGCUGACUGGAUACGCAUAUCAGAGAUGCUACUAGGCAAGGUUCCGGAUGGCUUUACAUUUGCUCCAAAGCAUAAAUCAAAUGCUUACGAUAGAGCCGAAAAUGGCUGACCCUGCAGUUUUCUUUUCAAUGCUGGUUCUGAUGAGAAGCAACUGCUGACUCAUGAACAUGCCUUGACAAUGGCCAAUGCUGUAGAGAGUUGAACUACACUAUAGACUAUAGAGAGCAAUUUAUGUUCUUUGAUUUGGGGAGUAUUUCAUCGUUGACCAUGACCUUUAGUUUUCAACGCAUAUAGCACCAAGUGAAAUUGAAUAACAAUUGGCAUUUGAAGUGUAAGCAAUAAUUGUUUUACAUUGCAUCACCCGUCCCUUGCCUUACACAGUUACAUGCUCGGGUCAACUUGCACAUUUAGGC